UGGUGGGCCGGUCUAGGCUCAAAAUGCCCGGGCCAAUUUUUUGUCCCAGUCCAGCCCUGCCUGACGCAGUCUGUGUUAUGGCCCCUAGCAACAACCUGAUAGCAAGCAGAACCGUGGACGAGGCAGGAGCUGACUUCCGCAAGCUCCUUUUGAGCGCCUGUAGUCGCUGGCAAACGGUCUUUGUCCAGGACUUCAUGCCUCGUCUGAACGUCGACGUUGUUCUGCAAGACCUCAUGUGCCAAGAGUUUCGCCGCGUGGCAGCCAGCAUGGGACUUAUCUCCACCCUGCCCAGCAGCGGGAGAAACCAUCCUGAGGACAACGAGCAGUCCUCUGAUGAAACCAAACACAGGAUGGUUCACCAGCAGGUGGUGUUGAAGGAGUGCUUCAUCCCACUGAAUCCUGUCCGCUUCAGUACUGCCAUUUUGGAUGCAAUGGAUCGUGCUGUUCCAUCGCAUCUGCCUACCCCUGUGUGUGACGUGUCCACACUCGUUCCACAUGGCAAGCAGGUGCCAGUUGUGGAACGACGGCAGACAGCUGCGGCCUCAAAGAGGAGACCUGCUAGGCAGCAGGUAGCUGCAAAGCCAAGAGUUGCGGCUUUGUCCACCGAGGCUUCAGCGACCAGUCCUACACGCGGGGCUGUGGUGGAGGAGGUGGAGGCAGCAUUGAGCGUUGUGGAGGUGUCUUCCCAGGCUACACCUACCAGCCCUGUGCCGCCCGCUGGUCCUGCCCGUCCUAUCCUGUGUGCCUGUGCUGCCCCACCAGCCAGAGCUGCGAGGGAGGAGGCGGAGGCGACCCUGACCCUGGGUGCUGUGGAGGUGACUUCCGAGCCGUCACCUACCAGUCCUGUUCCAGUGGCUGUGAGGGAGGAGAAGAGCCUACAGAUGCAGCGCACGCCACUAUCCACCAAAGAUCAGCGAUAG